AUGUUCCUUAAAGAACUUCCAAUUGAACUAAGAGUAGCUUCAACUGGCACAGCUGUCUUGAAGUUUAUCAUGGAUACCAAGAAGCCAUCUGUCAGGAAAAUAACUAAAAACGAGGUUCCUAAUGGAAUAACACCUCACUCUGUGAGGAGCGCUGCUACCAAUGCAGCAUUACACAAGAACACUUCUGUAGAAGAAGUCUGCAAGGCAGCAACAUGGUUGUCGAUCUCGACCUUGACAGGGGGAAUCACCCAAGAUGUCUUCCUUUCCUCAGAGGAGAAGGGCCCUUCAUGGGAUACACAGCAGUCCCUGUGUUAUAAAAGCCCUUGCCAAUGGGAGGCAAAGUGUUUGAAGCAUAAAGAAACAGAAGAUACAGCUGAAGGAAUGAGUCAUAUGGCCUAUGAAAAAGGCGAACCCAGUUUGCAUAACAGAGAUCUCAGAAGCCCAUCUUGUGAAGAUGAAAUUGUUGUUCGAUAUUUGAAUGACCAACCAGCAAUUGAUGCCUUGCAGAAUUCAGAUUCUUUCUUUAAAGCUGUAACUUGUACAAGAUCUGAGGAGGAAAAAACUAAAGGAUCCGGAGAUGAAUAUAUUAGAAUGUUUAUAAGUACUACAGUUCCAGAUGCUGAACUGAAAAACCCACAGUUGGCUGCAUCUUCAGCUUCCUCUGCCAGUACCUCUAGAACCCCUAGACUAGGUAUCUUCAAGGGUCACCAGCAUGGUGCUAAGUUGGAGAAGCUGAAGGAACGCAUUAGUAAGCAAAGGGAACUUCCAGAAGAACUAAAUAGCAAAGGGCAGUUUCAGGACUAUGUUGAUUAUCCAGUAAUCGUUGCAGCUGCUCAGAAUAUGGUACCACCUAAAGUCAGAAAAGUGGCAGCUGCACCUCCUACUCCCUCGUAUAAAGAAGAGGAUUCUGCUCUGAAAGACAUGCUUGCUGAAAAAAGCAAGCAGAAAAAAGGAACCAGAACAGUACACAAAGUCCAGAAAGUGAAACAGCUACCAGGUCAUGUUUCCAAACAAGGAAGCAUCAAUAUAAUAACUGUGUCAUCCUGGAGAGAUGGGAAAAGAUUGGCAAGGAAGAUACUUGGUCCAACACCUAAAGUAAAACAGCAGGCACCAUCAUCCAUUGAUGGAAGUUGGAGUGAAAGGUCUAUUAAAUCGGCAUCUUACGUUGGAAAGACAGGAUCUGAUUCCGUGCUGGAUGUGACCAUAGAAUCCCACUCAAGAAAUCCUAAACGGUCCCAGAGCAAAAUAGGAAGGAAGAAUAACUUGAGGAAGAGAGAUGCUGCUCUUCAGGAUACGAAAGAGAGAGAUCAUCACUUAAAUACGGAGUUCUUGUCAGUGGAUAUCCUUGAUGUUCUUGAUGCCCUAAAAGCGGAUUCUGUGACUCAGAGUACAAAGCAAGACACUGAUGAAGAAAAUCAGAAUUCAGAAUUGCCUGCUCCGUUUACCAGGAGCCGCUCCCCAACCAAGAGAAAACCAGACAAACUAGCUGCUAACAAAGAGGCUCAAGUCACCUCUAAGAAACGCCACUACGAUACAGAUGAAGUUCGUCAGUAUAUUGCUAAACAGCAACAGAAGAGGAAGAAGAAGCAGAAAGAACAAAAGAAAACACAGAAGGAGGCAACAGAGCAGAAGAACAAGAGACUCCAAGAACUGUACGAGAAACAGAGAGAGGCUCUUGCUAAUAAGUCAAAGAGUGCAUCAGCUCUCAAGCUAGUCCCCAAGCAACUACAAGAGAUUUAUUCCCAAGUAUACUUCGAUCAAGCCUUGCUGGAGGAACCCCAACCAUCACUCAUACAGCAGGUACGGCCCAACCCUGGGUAUCAGCCAUCUGAAGAGGACAAACCACAGGGGCAUCCAUCUACUGCAUCCUCCAAUAGUGUUAUGUCUCUGUCUGAACCUCACCAUUCUCUUGCUGGGGAUCAUAUGUUGGAGCCUUUGUGGACUGAGCAAGAUCGACCAAGUUCAAAAUCCCAGUUACCUUUCCCACAACCUUCGGCAGUCUUGAGUGGAAGUCUCUUUUCUGAACUUUUGUCUUUAGAUCACAUGAGUGACUUGCAAAAGGACUUUGAUUCUGUGUUAUCACCCAGCAGCCACAGCACAGCUAUAGGAUCCAUGCCUUUGGCAUCUCUGCCAGUUACAUCUACUGUACAGACUGCAACAAGUCAGUAUAAAGGUAAACUUGACCGUAUUGUAGCCCUGAAAGCAACAGCAACUUCUUUGGCAAGUAGAAUUGAAAGUGAAGCCAAAAAGUUAGCUGGAAUUGGUGUGGAUUAUGGAGCAGCAUGGAACUCUGGACACAACUUGGUGCAAGGAAAUCAGGGUGAUAGCUACUGGGCAAAGGCCAGCAGUCCCUCUGUGAGAAAAGAGGAUGAUGUUUUCUCAGCCACACUUCAAAGAAUGUUGAGUACCUGUGUGUCUCAGACAAAUUUUGAUGAUAACCUUCCUGGAGUGGGAAAUACUAUCAGCCUUCACACCACUGCUGUCAGUCUUCCAUGCAAACAGAGAUCUGAAGAAAUAGUAGGAAACUUAUCCAAGGAGCCAAACUGCUCUUCUCAUGCUGAAAGUAAUAUAGUUCUGCAUAACUGUAGUGUAGCCUCAAUUAGUGAGCAGCUGUCCAGUGAUCAUUUCCAGUCUGGGGAGGAGGGAAAUCAGCAUGAGCAUUCACCUUUGAAAACAGCUGAGAUGUUAAAGGGAAAAGAGUUUGGUGUUGCAGGCGAAACUGUCAAUGAGCGCAUAGAACAAUUUCAGAAGGAGGCAGACAAUUUACCCAUCUCUGCACAUGUGAAGAAUGCUUCAAGAUCCUGGGAAGACAUCAUCAAAGGAAGUCCAUAUAGUGUCAUUAACAUCUUUACAAAAUCUUAUCAGCUGUGUGGGAAAGGAUUUGAGGAAUGGUCAGGAACAGGAACACCAAUCCAGCGACCUUCACUUCCCGUAAUGAGCCCUCCAGCUAGCGUCAUUUCAUAUGAGGAUGACUUUGUCUCAUCACAGAGCAGUGGAACGGUAAUAGACAAAAAGUCUGCAGUUGAGCCCAGCAGCAGCAGCCUAAGCCUAAAAGAAGAGUUUAUCAGCAGGAAAUCACCUAAUGAACUCCAAGCUAAAGAAUCUACCCACCAUUCCUCAGGAUGUCCACCUGCCAUUUCUUGCUCAUCUUCAUCCUCUAAAAGAAGGAAAAAGGAAAGUAAGGGCGCCAUUUACUAUGACUGCAUUUCUUUGUCAUCUCUUUGUGGAUUAAAAUCAGUCUAGCCGAAGCUGCAUUUUCUUCCAGAAUCAUUUGUAGAACCAGAGCACAAGCUGUCACAGACAAAGACUUCAGUGCCUAGCAAUGGAAUAUCUAGUAGAGAACAAGUACAGAAUCCAGACUCUGACAGCACUUUAGAAGAACUUUCCUGUCACUCUUUGAUGAGUCUCCCAGAUAAGAUAAGGUCAUCAAAGACUGCAAGCUGUCCACUGUCUCCAAGUGUACAGAAACAGUUGGAUUCUGUAACAGAACAGUCCAGAUCCUCUUCAAGAUCUCUAGCAACUAUACCUCCUAGACCCAAGUCAAAUAUUUCUUCCUCUGACGUGAAUCUUGGAGCCAAAAGGACUGGGGCAGGUGUUGUGAGUGAUUCUAUGCAUUUGUCCCCUGAUGGUCUCCAACAUCAAAUGUUAGCAGAGCUCAACUACUUAAAUACCAUUGAGGAGUCUCUACGACAGCUCUUGGAUGUGGAACAAGCAAGAGGCAUAUCACCUGUACAACAGGAAAGUGUUUCACUUGCUCAAAUACUAAAGGCACAGCAACAACAACAUGAGCGGGACUUUGCUCUUCUGAAGCUCAAAGCUGAGCAAGAGGCUUUGGAAAGCGAGAGGCAAUUGGAAGAGGCACGGCAGAAAGCAGCUCAGGCCCAUGCAGAAUCACUGCAACAGCUAAUACAGUCCCAGCAAGAUGCUGCCGAGGCUCUCCAGGAGUCUACGAGUAAGAUAACAGCUCAACAGGUGGAGGCAACUCUUCUCACCACAGAUGCUGCUCAGCAGAUCUGCGAGCUGUCAGCGAUAGCACAUGCCCAGAACACAGAUGCAGCCAAUAUUCUUGAAAGUCCAAUUCCAUUUCUAUCGGAUCAAGAGCAGAAGCACUAUUCAACAUUCAUAAAGAAAAUCAAAGCUCAUUCUGAUAUAAGCAGCAACAGCAAUUGCCAGGAAAGUCCACCUGCUCCAUUUUCCAAGGAGUCCAAAAAAGUUUCCCGCCGUGAAAAACCAAACAGCUCCAUUGAGGAAGAGGGUCUGACAUCUGUGAAUGAUCCUCUGCAGAGCAAUAGCAUUCCAUCCAUCCCAGAUGAGAGAGAUUCAACUUCUAUUGCAACAGAAUGGUCCCUGAAAUUUGAUGAGUCCAUGACAGAAGAUGAGAUUGAAGAAAAGUCCUUCCGGUCCUUGCUACCUUCUGAGAGUCACCGACGGAUCAGCUUGAAAAAACGAGGCCACCAUGACUGUUCUGAUGAGGAAGCUCCUUCUAGAAAGACACCUGUCAAGGAGCUAAGCCUGCCGUUCUCAGGAGGUCAAGACAAUUUUUCCAAAUUCACAAUGGAAAUGGUGCGGCAAUACAUGAAGGAAGAAGAAAUGCGGGCAGUUCAUCAGUCCUCACUACUCCGAUUGCGUGAGAAAGCACUGAAAGAGAAAACCAAGGCUGAGCUAGCUUGGCUAAAGCACCAAGAAAAGCAUUUGAGUGACAAAGGAGAGGAUGACAAGAUGCCACCUAUCCAAAAGAAGCAGCGUGGCCUAAUUCUGAAGCUGCAGCAGGAAAAGGCAGAAAUUAAACGUCUUCAGGAGGCUAAUAAGGCUGCCCGGAAAGAAAGGCAACUGAUCCUUAAGCAGCAGGAAGAGAUAGAGCAAAUAUGCCAAACUACUAUGAAACUGCAAGAAAAAUUGAAAUCUGCAGAAGAAAAUAAGCUGGAGCUUUGCAGGGAGGAUGGUACAAAACAAACUCAUUCUUCCAGCUUGCUGCCAAUGGAUGCAGAGACAUGUAGCCCUUCUUCUGUCUCCAGCAGUGAGACCAGUAGCAUCAUGCAGAAAUUAAAGAAAAUGCGCAGCCAGAUGGAUGAGAAAUUUUUAACAAAGCAAGAGCAAAAACUGAGGCAACGGCGCCGGCAUGCUGAAGAAUUGCUGCAGUGGAAACGCCAUCUAGAUGCUGAAGAAGCAGAGAUACGUCAGAUAGAGAAACAAGCUUUGGCUGCUUGGGACAAAGAAGGGCUCAAAAUGGCUGCAGGAGACCAGAAUGAUCAGAAAGAAACAGCCAGCAAAGAAAAUUCUUCCAUGUUGCCCUGUUCUCACUUAAAUAGUGAAAGCUCUGUCCCCAAGGAACUGGGCAAUCUAGCUAUUGAACCUGGCUCAUCAAACAUCUCCCAGGUCCAAGGACAGCUGGGUAGCCCAGAUCACACUACACUUAUGGAAGAAAUGGAAGAAACACAGGAACUUGAUUCUGCUGCCUCACCAGGAAAACUUUUUCCUUCUAAAAGGUGCACAUCCUUGUCAAAGCAAGAGUCCAGCAAAGGGACCCCCAGAAGUAGAGAGCAGCAGCAUUUACCAGUAAAAUCCCAGGAGGAAUCCUAUAGUUGCUCUGAUGAGUCAUUAUCCAUGACCCAGUCAGUAGAACUUCUCUUCUCAGAAACCACCUCGGAUCGGAGCGACAUUGAAAGCCGAAUCCGAGCUCUGAAGGAUGAGCUUCGGAAGAGAAAAUCUGUGGUCUACCAGCUGAAGAAGCAGCAAAAAAAGAGGCACAAGGAGAGGCUGAAAGCCCAGGAGGCGAGCCUGCUCAAGCAGCUAGAGAGUUAUGAUGAAUUCAUCAAGAAGACUGAAGCAGAGUUGAGUCAGGAUCUUGAGGCAACACCUACAGCUAAACCACAAAUUAAAACUCCAUCUUCUGUUAUGGAGAAACCAAAGAUCAAGCCGCCUCCACUUCAUAGAUCUGAGACAACAAAAAGUUGGAAAUCACUAACUGAUUCUGAAUGUUGCAGGGGGUCACUGGAAUCCAUUGCAGAGCAUAUUGGUGCUGUACCACAUUCUGAAAAAUCUGUGUCUACACUCAGCAAGAAAUUCAUUGAGGCAGAGAUUCAGACAGAGGAACAUUUCCAAAUUCCAUUCCUGAUCCUCAAGGCCCCACAAAAAACUGGAGCAGAAUCUGGUGUUAUGCUGGAUAGUUUUCCGUCCUUGGCUUUAGGAGUCUUAAGCAAAACAUCGCAUGCAUCACUGAACACUUUUGAAGAUGUGACAAGUUGUGAUACUCCAUUUUCCACUAACAGAUCUGUGGUACAAGAGGACAUCGAGUCUGUAAAAUCAGAAGACUCUGAGCCAGAUGAUACUCACAAGUUUUCAGAAAGACCUGGUGCUUCUGCUUUGGACACAGAGCAAAGGAGCUGCCCGCCAGUCUCGCGAAAGACAAGUGUUUAUCCUGAGGUUGGCUUGGCUGUUGUACGUGUUCAAGAUGGAAAGGAGAUACCAAAGCAGGAGGGAAGUUACAAGGAUGAUGAAUGUGCUGCAUCAGGUCAGCCCUCUCAUAAGCCAAAUAAGACCUUGCCUUCAGAGCAGCUGUGCAAGGAGCCACUGCAUGCUAAUGAUUUUGAGAGGUCAUCCUCAAGAAAGCAUAGGUCAGAUGAUGAAGUACCUCAUACUGAAUACUACAAGGAUGAUUUUGACACAUCUGCGUCCUCUCUUGGAGAAGACUGUAGGUCACAGGGAGAAAAAUCAUGGUAUACAAAGACUCCCAGGAGCAAAUCUGCAAGUAUUGGAAGUGAUGAGGAAGUAAGUGAAUGUCUCAGCGUCAAAGCUCUGUCUGUGGCUUCUAGCGCUCAUUCAGAAAGAUUAUUAAUACUGAAAUCGCCAACAGAACAGAUGAAAAGUAAAGAGCGCAGUGAUGUGGAGGAAGAAUCAGCACAUGUUGAUACAUCACUUUGGGCUUCCAAGAUAGAAGAAGAGGAAAAUUCUCUACAGGGUUUCAGCAUUGGUGACAGAGUUCUUGUCAGUAAUGUCCAGCCUGGGACGUUGAGAUUUAAAGGCCUGACGAAUUUUGCUAAAGGUUUUUGGGCUGGUGUGGAAUUAGACAAGCCUGAAGGAAGAAAUAAUGGCACUUAUGAUGGCAUAAAAUAUUUUGUUUGCAAAGAAAAACAUGGAAUUUUUGCUCCUCCGCAAAAAAUCUCACGGAUUUCUAAGAGUUUGGGUGGCCACAUGGACUUGCAUGAGGAUUCUUUCUGCAAGCUUCAGCUAAAUCACAACCAUAAAGCAGGAAAAAGAAGAUGGAGGACAAAAAAGUACAGAGAAAUUCCCAAAGAAGAAGAGGAAAGUGAGGGGAAAAUUGCAAGUGAGAAAUCUCUCAGAGAUAAAUCACAAAGAAACAUCUCUGCCAUAGCAUCUGGAGAUUAUUUAGAACUCCCUGCCCCCAAAAGCAAAACUAUUGCUGCUGUUGAAGAAGUGCUUGCUGAAGAACAGAGUGUCGUAAAUUCUCUCAAGUCCCCAGCAGAUGACAACAGGCUCAUGCCUGCCUCCAUUUCUGAUGUUCUUAGCAAGACUUCAGCUACUCAAGGGGCCCUGGAUGGAAUCUUCCCUGAAAAAUGGAAGCAACGGCAUCCCUCUUGGCAGAAGUAUACUGAAAAGUGUUUCCCCAGGAGUGUUGUAGAAGUGUUGGAGAAAUCUGCAGCUCCACUCCUGGAGUUGCUCACAAAAGAAAGGAGCCAGUUAGAAGCACAGCUUAGGCUCCCAUCCCACGAGGAAGAAGAAUCCAAAAAUCAACAGGAAAAAGUAGACUUGUUGACAGACAGCCUCCUGCAGGCGUUUGUGAAGGACACAGUCAAUCAGCUGCAGCAAAUCAGAAAGGUCAGGAAUGAGAAAAUUCAGUGUAGUAAUCAAGAACUCGCUGCUGGCCAAGAGCAGAAGUUGGCAGCUGGGGACCUGCAGAGCAUUUUAAUAAGUUCUCAACUGGAUGAUGGAGAAGAAGUUUCCUCUCCAGACUUGUGUCCCAGACCCGAAAGACCUAUAUUUGGUGCCAGUGGGCAAGAAGAGCUUGCCAAGAGGCUGGCAGAGUGGGAGCUUAGCCAGGAAUUCCUGAGUGUGUUAGGAGAUGACCAAGAUUGGUUUGAUGAAGAUUUUGGCUUGAGUUCUCGCAAACUCCCUCCAAAGCAAGCAGAAUCAGUAGUGUUGCCUAAGACAGAGCCUCCCAAAGUACCUCCCAAGCCAUGUGAAGGGCCCUUAGCUGUCCCACACACUGCAGAAGAGGUAGAGGUCUUGGUGCACGAGGCGGCUGAGGAACUAUGGAAGUGCAAAGAGCUGGGGCAUGGUCUCCAGGCUGCUGGCCUUCCCAGAGAUCUAAGUGAUUCCCUUAAAGAUGACGACAUCGAAGCCAUCAGCAGCCAAAUCUAUAAACAGGCUGUGUUUGAUUUAACAAGAGAGAUUUUGGGAGAAAUCUUUGCAGAAGAUCCAAAUUUGAACCAACCCAUAUGGAUGAAAUCCUGCAGGGUAACUUCAGUUUACUUCCAUCAAGUAAAAAACCCAAGAGACUUUGAGGAAAUAAAGAGCUUCAUAGCAACCGAGGUGCUAAAGCUGUUAAAUUUGAAAAAGGAGCCAAAUAACAAAACGGAAUGGCAAAAAAAAAUGGAAUCUGGAAACAAAAAACAUCACCGAGUGGAUCGUAUACUGGUUCAGGAACUGCAUGAAGAGGAAGCUCAAUGGGUGAAUUAUGAUGAAGAUGAGCUAUAUGUGAAGAUGCAACUGGCAGAUGGGAUUUUUGAGGCCUUAAUCAGAGAGACAAUCGAUGUUCUUAACCAGAUCAACGAGAAACAAGAGAGGUUACUGCCCAUGUGA